UUCGCGUCUCGUGUCGUGGACAAUUCGCAGUGCGGCAGCCGGUUCAAGAUGUUACUGACGUUGAGUUUGAUUGUGGGUGCUAUUGGAGCGCUAUAUCUGUACCUGGUAUGGAACUUCGACUACUGGACCAAAAGAAAUGUUCCCGGUCCCAAGCCGCUUCCGUUUUUGGGAAACUUCCCCUCCUUCUUCCUUCGCAACCAACAUUCUUUGGAAGAAAUUGACGAAAUUUAUCGAGCAUACAAAUCGAAGGUCAACUUUGUGGGUUUGUUCAGUCAACGCUCCCCUCGAAUGUUGGUGAUCUCACCGCAGCUGGCCCGCGACGUUUUAAGCAAACAGUUCAAAAACUUCCACGAUAAUGAGUUUGCAGAUUUCACAAACAAGGAUGCAGAUCCGCUAUUCGGGCGGAAUCCUUUCAUGCUUAGUGGCGAAGAGUGGAAGAGCAAACGAUCGGAAAUAACACCUGCUUUCACAACGCUGAGGAUGAAAGCAUUGUACAGCCUUAUUGAAGAUGUUUGCGGCAGAAUGACCACCUAUUUGAAGGCAAAUCAAGGAGCUCCUCUGGAAACUAAAGAAUUGGCAGCCAAAUUUACAACCGAUGCUGUUUCCAACUGCAUUUUCGCGGCCGAUGCGCAGUCAUUUACCGAUGAGAAUGCUGAGAUUCGCAAGCAAGGCCGCCGUCUGUUGUCAACUUCACCGUUGGCCCUGCUGGUUUUGACAGUCAUGAGCCUUUGCCCACCCUUAGCAAGAUUGCUCAAGCUGCGAUUGAUUCCCAAAGAUAUCGAGCGUUUUUUUACCAACCUCAUGGCCGAUGCAGUUCGUUAUCGGGAGUCGAACUCAAUCAAGCGGGACGAUUAUCUCGAGCAUCUUAUCAGUCUGAAAAAUAAAAAAGAAAUAUCUGAAGUUGAUAUGGCUGCCCACGGAGUAACGUUCUUUAUCGAUGGGUUCGAAACAUCGAGUGUAGCGAUAUCGUACACACUGUAUGAAAUCGCCAAACACCCAGCGGUUCAGAAAAGACUUCGCCAAGAACUGAACGACGCAACGCCCAAGAAUGAUUCCAUUACAUUCGAAGCCCUUCAGGAGCUCCCUUAUUUGGAUCAAGUGAUCAACGAAGCCCUGCGCCUUUGGCCACCGGCAGGUCUAAUCUCGAAAAAGUGUACAGAACCCAUCCAGGUGGAGCUGACUCCGAAUCAGAAUGUUCUUAUUGGAAAGGAAGUUUGUGCCAUGAUAAGCAUUUGGUCACUUCAGAGAGACCCCGAGUAUUACGAGAACCCGUUGAAAUUUGAUCCCGAUCGUUUCAGUCCGGAAAAUGGCGGCGUAAACCAGUACCGUGAGAAGGGUUGUUACAUGCCAUUCGGUGAUGGACCUCGCCAGUGUUUGGGCAUGCGUUUCGCUAAAAUGCAGGUGAAGCGAGGCAUCUACGAAGUGAUCAAAAAGUUUGAAGUGACUGUGAAUCCGAAAACCAAGGAUCCACUUCCUUUGGAUCCGAAGGAGUUCCUAACGAUGGCACUUGGAGGAAUUUGGUUGGAUUACAAACCACUCGAGUAGUUAUCGACUUGAAGCAUUUCACUCCUGAAGUUAUGCUAGACAUAAGAACUGAUCACUUCAAACCAAAGAAGAUUUACGACAGAUGAAGUCUGCAUCUUUUUCAUCUAAAGAUCACCCUAAAAUGAGCUGUCAACUUGUUGAAGUAAAAAGCAGUUGUGAAAGCUUUGGAUCUUUAAAAUGCGAAACGUGUUAAAUCAAAAGAAAAUCAACAACUGAAUAAUUAAAAAAAUAGAGCUUUGUGCUUAUUAAAUCUUGAAUAUUUCAGCCAACAAAACAAAGAUGGGUAGUUAUAAUGAAGUUCGGAAAGCACUUCUCUCUGGGUUUAUUUCUAUCUGGGUAACGUAUCACCAAAAUAUUAUAUUGCUUAAAAAACCUCACAUUUAUCAAGGUUGAAAUGAAAUAAGCUGAUCGAUUUU